CUUCUCCCCCCUCAUCUUCCCUCAUGGUGAGAUUGAGCGGCGCGCUGACGGCGAUGUGGGGGUUGAUCUGCAGGUCGAAGUCGAACCAGUACAAGAGCACAUCGCUGGUGCAGGUCAAGGGGGUGAACACCAAGGAGGACGUGGCGUGGUACGCCGGGAAGCGCCUGGCGUACGUGUACAAGGCCAAGACCAAGAGCAACGACACCCACUACCGCUACCUCUGGGGCAAGAUCACCCGCCCACACGGCAAGUCCGGCGUCGUCCGCGCCCAGUUCAAGUCCAACCUCCCCGCCGAGUCCAUGGGGCGCAAGGUUAGAGUGUUCAUGUACCCGAGCAGCAUCUAAAGUUAGCAUCUGCUGCACUAUCGCUGAUGAUGUUUGUUUAAGGCUGUUGGUUUGCUUUGUGUGAUUUUACUCUAGCAUGUGUGUUGCAUUUUGUCCUGCGCCUUGUGCAGUGUGUCCAUCGAGAGAUUGAUGAUGGUUUAGUUUGGGUCAUUCAAUCUGGUUGAUGUAGGAUUCUGUGAUCUUGCCAUUUUAAUCCCUGAAAGAUGCAUGCUAGGCAGUAUUGUCAUUAUGAGUUAUCAAUCUGUACUUGAUCUGUUUACAUUGUAUUAACUUUGUUGCUAUUUAGCGUUGUGCCUAUGGAUGGUUGACAUGAUUGGUGAUGCCGUAUUAUUGUGUCUGUUUGACUUGAGUUGUUGUACAGUUAGGGUCGCUUUCGUGUCAGGGUGUCUGACUGCAACCGUUGGCUUGCCUGAUGCUAAAUUCUAGAUACUGUCAAUAGCUUGGUUCCUAAGUUCUAGACAAGUAAAAGGGAUACACCUUCAGUUAAUAAACGACGAAUAGUAUGUUCUAGUGUUGCAUCAGCAAGUGAAAGCAGUUCCUUGCUUUGUCCAAUGGAAACAAUCACCGGAAGGGAUAUGUUGGUCUUGCAAGAGGCAAACACACUUGGAAUGUGCAGGAAAUGUUGCAUUAUCUCAUUUAGACAUGCAUAUCAUCAUACUGGAUUGCUUGGCCUUUACUCCAGCAUGUGCUAGGAUAUACAAGACUUGGAAAUAAAAAAUUAAAUUGAUAGCAAAGUUAUUAAACUCGGAUGGUUAGUGUGUAUUAUUAAGUGCAGUUGUCUUGCUUCUGUUUAUCUCGCCUUGUAGCAAAGGUUGAUAAGGGCUUAAAUAAGUAUUGUAGUUGCACUCAGGCAUAGGUUGAUAGUAAAGUUAUUAAUCUCGGAUGGUUAGCGUGUAUUAUUAAGUUUAUUAUUACUCAAGCACUUGCACUAUCACUGGAUUCCUAGUUAAGUUACUCGGGUUGGUUAAGUUUAUUAACCUGAUAGGUACAAAUAAUAUAGAAACUUCACUAGAUUUCUUUUCAUCCUCACAUGAUACCUCCUGUAUAAUUUAUUCCCCAUCCACUUUUAAGAAAAAGAACAUCAAGUGAAGCAUUGGGAUAUGUUUCUUGCAUAUACUUGUGAAGCCCAGUGGCUAUCAUAAAAAAUUCUGGUAACAGGAGCACUUUGAUUUGUAGCUGCUAUUGUCAUAUCUACUACUUGUCGUUCCCUCAAAUUAUUUGUAUCUGCUAUUGUCAUAUCUCUAUUCACAUGUAACGCUGAGAUAUAACACUGUCAAUUGGGAAAAAUAGCGCAGUCUUAAGAAGCAUGCUCUCUUAAUUAGAAUUGUUUUUACUAGAAAACAACUGAUCCUAGGAUGUUAAAGACUUUUGUUAUAUCUUUCUUCUUGAACCAUGUGUUGCUCGUGGUGUUUAUCUGAUGCAUGUACUUGUACUGUCUCUCUGGACUGCUACUUAGCUUGGUUUCCCCAAGUGAAAGCAAGUCUUCAUGCAGUCCUUUUGACAUGAAAGAAUAGUGUUACAAAUCCUUCACGCUGCUAUUGAAUACUCCUCCUGCCACACAAGACGACCAAGGUCCACUCUGCUCUGCUGCUAUCCCUCGCUCUAGCUCUGUUCGUUGCCGCACAAGAAAAAUAGAGACAAACGAAAACUAAUUAUCUAAGGUCAUGUUAUCAUUACCUAUAUAUGACAUUGCUACUGGAUUGCCUAGCGCCCCCUGUUCAUGGUGGGCUAAACUUGUAUUUGCUCCUG